UCAACCCCAUCCCGUGUGUCAAAAAGUGACGAAGGAAUAAAAACAGGGCAGAAGGCAGUGUUCACUGCUGUCAAUGAAUCUGAAACCAAUUCUCGAAUUUCCGAGAGAAAUUAUCAAGUCCUCGAGAAAAAACCGGAUCCACGUCUGCAAUGAACACGUAUGACAGAGGCGGUCCAGGUCUCUCAGGAAAUGCAUUCGAUCGAUGGGUGCAGCGUUCAGACCUGACGGAGGAUUCAACAAUUUCGAAAAUGCAGCACCAGUACUGGUUGACUAAGCAAACCCUCUCCCGAAAGCUUGGGAAAAAAGAGGAUGAGUGUAUCGUCGCCUCGGAUGCCGAACUGGACGCCAAGCUGGAGCUCUUCCGUAGUAUCCAGGAGUCGUGCUCCUACCUCCAACGAGUGAUCGACAAAUAUCAAGAGAGACUAUGCAAUCUUGCCCAGGAGGAGAAUGCGAUGGGUCGUUUUCUGAAGGAGGCAGGCAAGCAGGACAAGACACGUGCUGGAAAGAUGAUGUCAGCUGUGGGAAAAUCAUUGUCGUACUCUGGGCAGCAGCGAUUAGCCCUCAGGGCGCCACUGGUGAGACUUUACCAGGAAGUCGAGACAUUCCGACAACGCGCCAUCGAGGACACCCUCCAGAAUGUCCAGUGCAUGGAGAAGGCACGCACUGAGUAUCGAGCUGCGUUGUCUUGGAUGAAGAACAUCUCCCAGGAACUCGAUCCUGAUACCUCCAAGCAGCUCGAACGAUUCAGGAAGGUUCAGGUGAGGGUGCGCAGGGGCAAGGCCGCCUUUGAUAAUCAGGCACUGGACUGUCUCCAGAAGGUCGAUCUCCUCGCUGCUGCCAGGUGCAACAUGUUCAGCCAUGCACUUGUUCUUUAUCAGAGCACUCUCUUGAAUUUCACCAGGAAGUCCGCCCAGGCAUACGCCACCAUUGCCAACAGCUUCAAGGGCUACCAGAGGUACGACUUCAUGGUGGUUAAGGAGCUCGCUGAGCCGUCCACUAAAUUGGCUCAAGAAACUGGUGGGGAUCGGGAUGAUAACAAGGAGAAAUUACUGUUCUUCGAGGAGUUUCAGGACAGCGUCGAGGAGGCACAGGAGGCCAAGCCCUCUGUGGAGGCUGUAGAGGAGAAAAAUCAUGAGGAUAAACUUCUCGAUUUCGACAAUGAAGGAAAAGAGCGCCCACUCGAGACCCUCCAGUUGGGACAGAACGAACCUCGGGAUCAAUUGCUCGAACAGGUUUUUGGAAAUGAGAGUGAUAGUCGCCCACUGGACGUUAAACACACGAGUGAACUCGAGAAGAGUCUUGCAGAGUUAGAUCUGGUGAUGGACUCGUUCGUUGGUGGCCCCUCGAGCUUUGAUUUCUCGGAUAAGACGACCUCUUUGGGCUCGUCGAACCAGCAGGAGUGUCAGGAAUCUCUUCAGUUGUUGACCUCCGAAAAUUUUCAACUGCUGGAUGAUAUCUUGAAUAGUGGACCGACAGCUAAUACCGAUUGGGACGCCAUGGCGAACGACACAUUUUUGCCACCGGGGAUUCUGAAGCAGAGCCUGGGGGAUGCCGCACUUGGGAAAACGAGUAAACCGAUGGUUAACGAGAAGCAAAAAAAGGGAAAACCGAAAGGAAAUUCCUGGCUGGACUUGUUCGCCGAGUUGGAUCCCCUCGCGAAUAAUCCAAUCGAGAGUCUAUCCAAAUCGAGUGACAGAAACGCUCCCGCCUAAAUUCCAUCACUUGUCAACAUUCCAGACUUUCCUUAAUGAUUUCAACAUUCCAACAGCAUUUUCCAAGGUCAUUGAUUCAAUGUUUCUACCAAAGAUUUUUAAGAAUUUAAAAAAACCAAGUAUAUGAAUUUUCAUGUCGUGAUUCUACUAGUCAUUCAUCUCUCCACUGUUUGUCAAAAAUUGAGGAUUCUAAUCUCGUAUUUAAUAAGUUUCUCCUGGGAUAAUGACUGUAUUGCUUUCUUAUCAGUUAAGUAUCGAACGGUGAAAUUUACUAUACACAAAAUCAUAAUAAAAAUUGGAAAACAAAUAAUAUAAUAUAUCGAGAUGGUGCAAUGUUACUGAUUAAAAAAGAAUUUGUACAGU